CUUGCCAAUUACGACCAACGGCAGAAAGAAAAGAAAAAAAGAUAUGAUGAGACAUCGCAUCCUCUCCCGCCUCUCCACCCGGUCCUAUUCCCAAUCACACGAUGCCCCACCACCACCACGGUCUCGCCAUGCACAAUGGUACGCCGAGAUGGUGCCAGGCAUGAUCCCAGUAGCCAUUCUUGGCUCAGCCGUCUACCUCGGCCUCAGACUCCUGCAAUCCGACCUCGCACACGAAAAAGACCUCGAGGACGCACAAGCACACAUCCACGAGCUCGAGCACAAAGUCGACGCCCUCCAAGCCGCCCGUCGCACCAUCGCCAGCACCGGCAGCGCGAGCCCACCCGAGCACGGCACGACGGUGGACCGGGCGGAUGACGGGAUGCAGAGUCGUGGCGACGACGCACCGGGGCGCCCGAAUUCGCGGGGAUGGACGGCGUGGUUCUCCAGCUCGCGAUGACCGCGUGCGUGCAGCGCCACGGAGGAAAACCACGACAGUAUACGACACUCUGCACAUGUUGGACUGCAUCUAGGUACCGGGUGUCCCUUCUCUCACUUUCCGGCGAAGGCCUUCUAAAGUUCUUGUCGUCUUCGCAUCCUCCGUACUUACUUGGAAGGGGUGAAGUCGUGCGGGCGGACGCCGUCAGAAGAAGAAGAUGAAGAAGGGAGGUCCAAGUGUUCGCGGUGUUCGUUCGGGGUAUUAAGCAUGGCGUGGUGGAUGUUGCAGUGUGCCUUGUUAUACUAAUAUUAUUUUCGAGUUGCUUUACCCACCAAAAUCUACUGUGCCUUCCU